AUGAGGGGGAGAGGAUAUUGGGUCGUUGGCAGACAGGAAGAUAAAGUCAAUGAGCUAUCUCAAGCAGAUGCUACACCUACACCUAAGCCAACCCCUCCCCCGAAGCCCAAGGUGAGCACCAGCUUCUCAGAUGUGUUAGCCUUCAGUGGGCCGGGCCCAGAAAGGAUUAAUGGACGGCUGGCGAUGAUUGGGUUUGUGGCGGCUAUUGGGGUUGAGCUGGCUAAUGGCCAAGAUAUUUUCUCACAGGUUCAGAAUGGUGGGGUCCAGUGGUUCUUGGGUACGACUGUCUUGCUGUCACUUGCAUCUUUGAUUCCGAUGUUUAGAGGUGUGACGGCUGAGUCGAAAUCUGGGGAUUUGAUGACAUCAGAUGCCGAGCUUUGGAAUGGGAGGUUAGCUAUGCUUGGUCUUGUGGCAUUGGCCUUCACUGAGUUUGUGAAAGGCAGUGCUCUUGUGUGA